AAGUGAAUGGUCUGUUUGCUACCAUCAUAGACAGUUAAAGAGGCUACCAUAUCAAAAACCAUCACUUAGUUAUGUUUAAUGUUAUCACUUUUGUACAUCGUGGUGUAACUAAUAUGGGACCGCUGUCAAAUGGCACGGUGCUGAGAAAUAGAAAGAAGAGAGCUGAAAACGCCCCAGGACCUCAGGUUUGACUUCAAGUGGGUGCAGUUAAUCACACCAUGUUGGUGACAGCAUAUUUUGCCAUAAUUUUCCUGCUUGCCCUGUGUGUUGGCCUCGAGCUCAUAGCACGCCACCUCACCCCACCUCAGUCUACUCCUACUGCUGUAGCCAACCCAGUUUUCCGUCGCUUCCAGACUAUAUUCCUCCGGGCAUAUCUUUUGGCUUUGUGGGCAGACUGGCUCCAGGGUCCUUACCUCUACAAACUGUACCGCCACUACAGCUUCCUGGAAUCCCAAAUAGCCAUCUUAUAUGUGUGUGGCCUGGCCUCCUGUGUUCUGUUUGCUCCUUUUUCCGGCUGGCUCCCGCAAGUCUUGGGCCGCAGACAGACAUGUCUUCUCUUCUGCCUGUCCUAUUCUGCUUGUUGUCUCACCAAGCUGUCCACAGACUACUUUGUUUUGAUUGUGGGUCGGAUCCUGGGGGGUCUGUCCACAUCCCUGCUUACCACCACAUUUGAAUCCUGGUAUGUGCACCGCCAUGUAGACGUUCACGAUUUCCCCAAGGAGUGGAUCCCUAGUACCUUCACCAAAGCUGCUACCUGGAAUCAUGGGCUCGCUGUGGGAGCAGGGCUGGUGGCUAACUUGCUGACUGAAUGGCUCCACCUGGGGCCAGUGGCUCCAUUUCUCCUGGCUGUCCCCUGCUUGGUGUGCUGUGGCUGGGUGGUGCUAACAGACUGGGGCAAGGAAGAGGCCGAAGAAGGCCCUGAAGGGGACAAACAAAAACUACUUCUUGGCCCUCCAAAUGGAGGUGGGACCCGUUUGUCUGCGAGGGCCCGUUUCUCACGCAGCUGCCAUGAAGCCUUGCGCUGCCUGCUGUCAGACAGGAGAGUCAUGCUCUUAGGUGGAGUGCAGGCUCUGUUUGAAAGUGUCCUAUAUAUUUUUGUUUUCCUGUGGACCCCAGUACUGGACCCUCAUGGGCCUCCUUUGGGAAUCGUGUUCUCUUGCCUGAUGGCUUCUAGCCUGGCUGGCUCCUUGCUCUACCGCCUAGCCACCUCCACACGCUACCGUCUACAGCCUGGCCAUGUUCUCUGCCUGGCUGUGCUGAUGGCCUUCUUCUCCUUCUUCAUGCUGACCUUCUCCACCGUCCCAGGCCAACCUAGACCUCAUGAAUCAUUUCUGGCCUUCCUGUUGCUGGAACUGGCCUGUGGGCUCUACUUCCCUGCAGUCAGCUUUCUCCAGAGCAGGGUGAUCCCAGAGGAGAAGCGGGCCGGUGUGCUGGCCUGGUUCCGGCUGCCUCUGCACCUGCUGGCCUGCCUAGGGCUGCUGGCACUUCAUGGAGAGAUAUCAGGAACAGGUGGAGGGGAGGAGGGCAGUGGAACCAGACACAUGUUUGGAGGCUGUGCAGUCAUGAUGCUGGCAGCUUUGAUGGCUGUAGUCAGUCUGUUCACGCUGGGCAGAAACGACACAGACCUAAGACUGGAAGGAACCAGAGGGGAGGGGGAGAUGUAUUGAUGAGAUGGACCACAAUUACAGGGUUUUCCUGGCUCAGAAUGGGCCUUUUUUACACUGUUGACGCUUCGUUUUACUUUUGUCAACAUAAAGCCCUACAAAAGUCAGCAAAAAGUUCCUAAACCAUAGAAUUUAGCAAA